GGUCACAAUUAAAAUUGGAAGUUGCAUCUCUUUACUGUCUAUUGGAAAUUGAAUGUAAUGGCAACAGAAUUUGUGAAAAGUUGCUGUAGAGGAUGUUUCUAUAGUGAAACAGAGAAACACAACUAUUCCAUGGAGGAAGAAAUCAAGGCAGCAAGAGCAAAUAGUCACCAUGCUGCUAUCUGUAUUCCUCCAUUGACUUCUGUCUCUAUAAAACCUCAAGUUGGCUGUACAGAGGAUUAUUUACUUUCCAAAUUGCCACUGGAUGGCAAAGAAGUGCCCUUUGUGGUCCCCAGGUUUAAAUUAUCAUAUAUUCAGCCCAAGACACAAGGAAUUCUUCCCUCACAUCAGGAAGAACUGGAAGGGUCUGCCAGGGCUUCUUUCGGGGAUCGAAAGAUAGAACUUUCCAGUUCCUCUCAACAUGGACCCAGCUAUGAUGUCUAUAACCCGUUCUAUAUGUAUCAGCACAUUUCACCUGAUUUGAAUCGGCGCUUUUCUCCUCAUUCAGAAAAAAGAAGAUUGUAUGGGUCAGUAUGUGAUUUAAGGAGCAGCAAACUUCCUAAUAGUCCUGGGCUCAGUAGGUCUAUGUUUGAUCUUACAAGUUCAUCUCAGCGAUUCAUCCAGAGACAUGAUUCAUUGUCCAGUGUUCCCAGUAGUUCUUCUUCAAGAAAGAAUUCUCAGGGGAGUAACAGAAGCUUGGAUACAAUUACUCUAUCUGGAGAUGAAAAAGAUUUGGGGAGAUUGAAUGUGAGAGUGUUUUAUAAUCCUUCAGUAGAGCAGAUCUGGAUCACAGUUUUACAGUGCAGAGAUUUACUUUGGCCCUCUAGUUGUGGAGAUGCCCCUACUGUUUUGAUAAAAGGAACACUCACAUUGGCCAAACCUGUGCACUUCAAAUCUUCUGCCAAGGAAGGCUCCAGCACUAUUGAAUUUAUGGAAACAUUUGUAUUUGCUAUUAAACUCCAAAGUCUACAAACUGCAAGGCUUGUUUUUAAGAUCCAGUCCCAGACUCCCAGGAAGAAAACCAUUGGCGAAUGCUCCCUAUCACUCAGAACUCUUAGCACGCAAGAAAUGGAUUACUCUUUGGAUAUAGCACCACCUUCCAAAAUUUCCGUUUGCCAUGCAGAACUUGAAUUGGGGAUGUGUUUUCAAGCAGUAAAUAGCAGAAUUCAAUUUCAAAUUCUUGAGGCACAAUACCUGCCAAGCUCAUCAACGCCUCUGACUUUGAGCUUUUUUGUGAAGGUGGCCAUGUUUAGCUCCGGAGAGCUGAUUUAUAAGAAGAAGACGCGCUUGCUUAAAGCCUCCAAUGGGAGAGUCAAGUGGGGAGAGACGAUGAUUUUCCCACUCGUGUCGAGUGAAAAGGAAAUCAUUUUUCUCCUGAAGCUGUAUGGCCGAAGUUCUGUACGAAGAAAACACUUUGUAGGCCAGAUUUGGAUAAGUGAAGACUCUAGUAGCAUUGAAGCAGCAAACCAGUGGAAGGAGACAGUUGCAAAUCCAGAGAAAAUUGUUAUCAAGUGGCACAGAUUAAACUCAUCUUGAAGACGUGGUGAAGAACUUGAAGAACUUGGCUUUUGUUGAGAAGAUGUCUCAGAUCAGUGUAUUUCCAAUGAGAAGAGACAAGUCAAUACAUUUAUCAGUUUAUUUUUGGCAUCAAUAAUUAUAGUGUCUGCUAGAAAAUUAAACUUGAUAAACAAUGGGAUGAACCAGAUACUCAAAGGAAGUUUCUUGAAACUGCUAAAAGAGACAAUAAAAUGAAAGAACAGAACUACUAAGACAACUAGAGAAAUUAUACAAUCAGCGAAAGUAUCCAUUAUAAAUAAUUAUGACAGAUAGUUAUUUCUGGUGUUUUUUUUUAAAUAGCUUUAUCUAGUAUAUUUAAUCUUUAUUAAUACUGGCAGACUUUUAAAAUACUUUGCCACUGACUAUAUAAGUACUGGUUUUUUAUUGAUUAAACAUUAACUCCCCUACUUACCUCUUGCUAUUUUCAGGAAAAUAAAUUUCAAUUCCUUUAUUCUAUAUUCAGGGAAAAUUUAUAUGUACAAUAUGUUCGUUAU